AUGACGUUGUUUGCGAGCCAUGUUCUCCUUCCUCUUCUUCUCUCCACAAAUGGUCUUCGUCGUCAACGCUUCUUCUUACUCCCUCAUAUUGUUCACAAGUUCCUUCCUAGUCUGUCUCCUACCCUUUGCGAGUCUUCGUAUUCUCCCUUCCUGUGUGUGAGUUGCAUCUUCUUCCCCUUCUGUGGUGAGAGUGAUGCUGGACAAUAUUGUGUGGUGGAACGAGUGAUUGCCAUACAAAAUGUGGUAGCAGCUGAACUCGAAUUUCGAGAAGCAAGACAAACAUUGACUGUGUGCAUGCAUUUAACCAAAAAUGACAGUGAUGAAGUUGUGUCAAGAUCAACUGACAAAGUGCCUAAUAUGACCUACAUGACCUUACCAACUGAGGGUCUCAUCUCCAUUGUUAAUGAUUGUGUAGGGCUCUAUGAUAAGAUAAGUAAUUCAACUAUUGGACAGAGCAACACCAUCACAUUCAUCGAGGAGACUAGUGCUAUACACCAUUGGUUUUCUUUUCGAUCUUGGAUUAAUUGUUGCAAUUCUAUGUCCCAAGAUUUUCAACAAGGAAUCUUCAACUUCCCGAAUGGGUUGGAGAGAGGAAGGGUGAGUCCGCAGCAGCAGAUCCGGAGGGACAAAGUAAGGUUGCAAGGAGGGUUCGAGGCGGCGCCAUUGGUAGGGAUAGAGGAAGCAGAACCUGUGUACGAGUCGGCCGGGAUGUUGUCCGAGAUGUUCAAUUUCCCCCCUGCGACAGAAUUGCUGGAGCAGCAGCCUGUGACGGCCACGUUUAGGGCGGCGAGGCAGGCCGGAGAGUGGUACGGAAACAGACAACAACAGCAACAACAAGGGGUGAAUAUGAUGAUGGAUGGGUUGGGGGAUUCGAAGAACCAAAAUGGUGUGAAUAACAACCAGCAUCAACCGCAGCACCAGAUUUCAAGCAUUAAUGCUGACUCAGCAGCUGCCAUGCAACUUUUUCUGAUGAACCCUCAAACGAGGUCGCCUUCCCCUCCUCAGAGCCAUGCCACUCCUUCCUCAACUCUCCACAUGUUGCUUCCCAAUCCUUCUUCCAAUUCCCUCCAAGGUUUCACAGGUUCGGCCACGGGAGGGUCUUUUGGUCAAUUCCCAUGGGUUCCUGAGAGUGCUCAUCAACACGGAGGCUUAGUGGAAGGGCAAGGUCUUUCGCUAUCGUUAUCUUCUUCACUGCAAGCAGCCAAAGCCGAGGAAUUGAGGAUGGGGGAUAGUGGUUUUCUAUAUUACAAUCAUCAACAAGGAGGUGGUGGAGUUGGAGGUGGAUCUUCUUCUUCUUCCACAGUUCAAUUUCCGUACAAGAACAACAAUCAUCACCAGGCAUUGCAUUUGCAAGGGGUGAUUGGACACGACAACAACCACCAGGGACAUGUUGGGUUUGGGUCAUCCUCGUUAGGUGUAGUUAAUGUUCUGAGAAAUUCAAAGUAUGUGAAGGCCGCACAAGAGUUGCUUGAAGAGUUUUGCAGUGUUGGGAGGGGUCAGUUUAAGAAGAGUAAGUUCAAUAAGCAGAAUUCAAACCCUAAUUCAAAUCCUGGUGGUGAUGGUGGUGGUUCUUCGCCUUCAUCAAAAGAUGCUGCUGCUGCUCCUCCUCCUCCUUUGUCAGCGGGUGAUAGGAUUGAGCAUCAGAGAAGGAAGGUCAAACUUCUAUCAAUGCUUGAUGAGGCAUGUAUUGUGGACAGGAGAUACAACCAUUACUGCGAGCAAAUGCAAAUGGUGGUGAACUCAUUUGACAUGAUGAUGGGUUUUGGCGCGGCAGUUCCAUACACAGCACUGGCGCAGAAAGCAAUGUCUCGGCAUUUCCGGUGUCUGAAGGACGCUAUAACAGCACAGCUGAAGCAAAGUUGUGAGCUCCUAGGAGAUAAAGACGGGGCGGGGACCUCAGGUUUGACCAAGGGUGAGACCCCAAGGCUUAAGAUGCUAGAGCAAAGCCUUAGACAGCAGAGAGCCUUCCACCAGAUGGGUAUGAUGGAACAAGAAGCUUGGAGACCUCAGAGAGGCUUGCCUGAACGAUCUGUCAACAUUUUGAGAGCUUGGCUUUUCGAGCAUUUUCUCCACCCGUAUCCAAGCGAUGCAGAUAAGCAUCUGUUGGCACGACAGACUGGACUAUCGCGAAAUCAGGUAUCAAACUGGUUCAUUAAUGCCAGGGUUCGGUUGUGGAAACCCAUGGUGGAAGAGAUGUACCAACAAGAACUCAAAGAAGCAGAGAGUGCAGAAGUGAGAGAAAAGAACCAAAGCAACAAUAGCAAUACUAGUGAGAACCAAACACAAACUCCAACCACAUCAGGAGCGGCUACAACAUCAACAGCAACACCAACAUCCACUACAACAACAAAACCAACAGAAAAAAAUGCCGAUUUCAAUACCACUGAAAGCAACCCUUCACCCGUUGCAAUGAAUACACAAGGUUUCUCGGAAAACCAAGCAAAGCAGACCACCACCACCUCCACCACUAUUAUGCCAUCCAUCAGCGCCACCAUUUCUGAGGUGGUGCCACCCGUGUCGCAGUGCUUCGACUCAGACCUGGCCCCUCACAGAUUAAUGGUCACUGACGACACGUGUCGCUUGGUCACUACAGAUUUUGGGACCGCAUCUGCAACUGCUGACAUUGGAUCCACACUCAUUAGAUUUGGGACCACCGGUGAUGUGUCACUCACCCUAGGGCUUCGCCACGCCGGGAACAUGCCCGAGAAAACUCCUUUCUCUGUUAGAGAUUUUGGAGCCAUUUAA